AUGAAUAUUUUAUUGAUUUCAUCAUUUGUUUACCUUACAAUACAAUAGUGCCAAGAAAUUGAAGUUGCUUAGUGUAAUGGUUAACUUAGAUCAGGCUUGUUGCCAACCUAUUUGUUUGCUGAGGUUUUCAGUCCAGGGCUUCCGAGUAAAUUUUCAACUCCUGUUUAGAUUAAACAGAAUGGCUGGAUUUUAACUGCAGAUAAAUUUGAGGGACAAGCCAUAAUUGAUGAUUAAACAUACACAGGACAAUAAGGAAUAGGUGAAGCUGGGUAGAUCACAGUAUCCAAUCCAACUAUUCUGAUAGAGGUAGGUUUCUUAUUUUCAAAUGGAACUAUUUAAAAUGGAUAAGGAGUUGCUGUUCUAGAGAGUGUCUCCUCUGCAUCUUAUACGUUUGCAAUCAAUACGAAAACUAAUCCAUAUAGCUAUAAAUUUGCAUAUGUGAGUUCUACCAUCAAUUUUAAUAAUGCUUAAUUCAAGGCUGUAUAUGCUAAUUUCCCACAUGAAAUUGGGCAAAUUCAAGAAAUCCUUACAGCUCUCAAUACUAAUAAUUAGAUUCAAACAGCUUUAACCACUUACUACACUAGUACAUAAUUAUCUGGUCUAAAGUCUACUCUAACCAGAGAGUUAGCUAAUUUUGAAAUCAUUUCAGGUCAAACUUCAACUAAAACCUACAAAUAUGGAUCUUAAAAAUUCACUUAUUAAGUUGUUGUCAACAAUGUACAAAUUCAAUAUGCUCCUGUAACAUAUGCCAUAUCUGCUGUGAUGAACAUUCAACAAUUAUAGGUUUAAUACAUUUGCAACAAUCCAAUCACAUUGACUUGUGUUGCAGGUGCAAAUACUAACGUGGAAUAAAUUAGUAUGGAUCAAAUAAUCAAUUCAUUCAAUUAUGCUUUUCAAUAAAACUACUUUAAUACCGUAUUGAAUCCUUCAAAUUGGAAAGUUCCUUUUUUCUCAUGGAGUACAGGGGGAUUGUAGAAUAUCAUGAAUAAUGUUUAUACUUAAUAUGCUUAUGCCUCUUAAAUUGGAGGAUCAUGCACUGCUGUCCAAGCUAGUUAUGUUACUUCUAGUACUUAAUACUUUACUGUUGCAAUGACAUUUACUUGCACUUUGACUGUCAAUCCAACUCCUAUUUUGGUUUUUACAGUUGAUUUUUAAGGAAUUGAAGUGGAAUUGGAUUUUAGUAGAGUCAAAGAAGCAGCUGCUUUUAAAAUAAAGAAUGUGAACCCUGGUCCUCCCAAUAUAUAAUUAUAACAAUAAGGAACCUUCAAUAUAGAUAAUCCAGCACUUGUAGAAUGGUACAUUUAGGAAGCCAUUGAUAAAUCGUUUGUUGGUUAGAGAUUCUUCUCUGGCUUUAUUGAAUCGUAAAGAGACUUAGAGAGUCAAGAUAUUACAUAUUCAAUUUAGGAGGGAGUCAUUACAAUAACAAACAUUAAAAAAUGA